AACAGGUUUGAACGGCAGACUGACGCUGUGUCGGGCACGCUGAAGACCGGAGCCGUCCUUGUCCUGGAGGAUUAGAGUUCGGGCUUGGUUCUGGACUGGAUUUCAGCCGAGGAGGUCCGAGUUUGCGAUUCACAAGUGUGGAUGUUCUAACGCACUGCGCUGCUACCUCGGCGCGGCGACGAGAGGGAGGACGGACAGCUAGAAUCCCGCGGCGAGAAGCGGCGCUUACCUCUCCGAGAAACGCCAACAAAGAGCGUUCAGGGAAGUAGCCUGCUGCCUGCUGAGGUAACGCAAGUUAGUUAAGCAACACGCAGAAAGUACGGCAGCGUCUGCAUUCCUCAACAUGGCUUACAACAGACUUCUCCGCUCGGCUUUGGUUUUUCUGUUUUUUAUCCUGUUCCUGAACCUGGGAAUUUUUCGAGUCAACGGCCAAUACGGCGGCAGUGACCGAGGAUUGUCUAUACCGGAGCACGGAUUCUGUCAGCCCAUUUCCAUCCCCCUGUGCACGGACAUCGCCUACAAUGAGACUAUCAUGCCGAACCUGCUGGGCCACACCAACCAGGAGGACGCGGGGCUGGAGGUCCACCAGUUCUACCCGUUGGUGAAAGUGCAGUGCUCCCCGGAUUUAAAGUUCUUCCUGUGCUCCAUGUAUGCCCCCGUGUGCACGGUGCUGGAGAAGGCGCUGCCCCCGUGCCGCUCUCUGUGUGAGCGCGCGCGGCAGGGCUGCGAGGCGCUCAUGAACAAGUUCGGCUUCCAGUGGCCCGACAGCCUCGCGUGCGAUAGCUUUCCGGUCCACGGCGCGGGGGAGCUGUGCGUCGGCCAGAACAUGUCGGACCACACGGAGCCCCAGCCCGGGCCCUACUCCACCGAGCGGCCACCUACUGACCCGGGGAACGGCCAGUUCAGAUGCCCGGCCUCGCUCAGGGUGCCUCCCUACCUGAACUACCGCUUCCUCGGGCAGGAGAACUGCGCCGCGCCGUGCGAGCCGAAGAGAUCCCACGGGAUGAUGUACUUCAGUGAGGAGGAGCUCAAAUUCGCCCGCAUAUGGAUCGGCAUAUGGUCAGUGCUGUGUUGUGCUUCCACUUUAUUCACCGUGCUCACCUACCUGGUGGACAUGAAGCGCUUCAGCUACCCAGAGAGACCCAUCGUCUUCCUUUCUGGCUGCUACACCAUGGUUUCCAUCGCCUACAUUGCUGGAUUUUUACUGGAGGACAAGGUGGUUUGCAAUGACAAGUUUGACAACGACAUAAAGACUGUGGUGCAGGGCACCAAAAAGGAGGGCUGCACCAUCCUCUUCAUGAUGCUGUACUUCUUCAGCAUGGCCAGCUCAAUCUGGUGGGUCAUCCUGGCUCUCACCUGGUUCCUGGCAGCAGGAAUGAAGUGGGGCCACGAAGCCAUCGAGGCCAACUCUCAGUAUUUCCACCUGGCGGCCUGGGCCGUUCCUGCCAUCAAAACCAUCACCAUCCUGGCAGUAGGUCAGGUGGAUGGAGACGUGUUGAGUGGGGUUUGCUUUGUGGGCAUCAACAGUGUGGACGCCCUGCGCGGCUUUGUUCUGGCGCCCCUCUUCGUAUACCUGUUUAUCGGCACUUCCUUCCUUUUGGCCGGAUUCGUGUCCCUGUUUCGAAUCCGAACCAUCAUGAAGCACGACGGCACCAAGACGGAAAAGCUGGAGAAACUGAUGGUGCGGAUAGGCAUCUUCAGCGUGCUCUACACCGUGCCGGCCACCAUCGUCAUCGCCUGCUACUUUUACGAGCAGGCCUUCAGAGAGCAGUGGGAGAGGACGUGGAUCAGCCAGACGUGCAAGACAUACGCUGUGCCGUGUCCGGCCCACAGCCACCCCAACAUGAGCCCGGACUUCACCGUCUUCAUGAUCAAGUAUCUCAUGACGCUCAUUGUUGGCAUCACUUCUGGCUUCUGGAUCUGGUCCGGAAAGACCCUUAACUCCUGGAGGAGGUUUUACACGAGACUGGCCAACAGUAAACAGGGGGAGACCACAGUGUAGUGUGGUUCAAACCUCACACCUCACACAGACUGCUUUGUGACAAACUGAAUGAUAAUCCUUCUUUUUAUUCAUUUUCUUGGACUCACAGGAGACACUCGCUCUGUUUUUUUAAUGUACAUACGCAUUUGUGAGAUUUUUGUAAGUAUAUAUUUGUAUUUAAAGAUUUAAAAAAAGAUUUUUUUGAAACACCUUUUUUCAUACGUUGGACUUGAUGGAAUUUUACUUAAUCAUCACAAAGAGCCAGCCGAUCAUCAACAAUCCUGAGAUCUCAUGACUUGUCUUACUGCAGACACCUUCUAGGAGUACUUCCCAUGGUGUGUGUGUGUGUGUGUGUGUGUGUGUGUGUGUGUGUGUGAGAUCGGUGAACUGCCUGUGAGCCCCAGGUCUAUUCUAAGCAGAGUCUCGUGAAACCCAAGUGCUUCCUCGUGGCUCCCUCUCCCCCCGAUUAACCAGCUGUAGUUUGUGUCUGUUGUACAGUGGAGCGAGCGGUGGCCCGGCUCUGGGGGGACGUGUCAGCAGUCCUGGGAACAAGAAGUGGUGUGCAAGGUUGUGAAUGUGAGUCACUGUGGCAGAUGGUUGUGGCCUGUAGCUCAGGCCCUAACAUUCCUUUUCUAAAUAAAGCACAGGUAGUCAUGCAAAUGUAAAGGAACACACAAGUGGUUUUGCAUGUAUGUUACAAUGCUCUCAGGCAAAACUCGAGAUGAAUUUCCCUCACGUUUUCCUGAAAACAUGUUUCUUUUUAAUGAACUGCCGUGAUCACGAUCUGCUUUUGUAAUUCUGAACACUGUGACCUUCAGGAUUCCUGUUUGGUAUUUGUGCGUGUAGUGCUGGGCGGUAUGACAGUGAGAUUCAGUUUCAGGCUCGUCUCAGUGGGUCUUCAUGUAGGGCUACAGCAGCUCGCUCUUCUGUCAGGAGUGUAAAACCCUAAACACACACACAAAACAAUCCAUGUUGUCCUGUGCUCUCUCACAGGGAGUCAGUCCUUAAAGCAGAACAGGAAGUUUUACGUCAGAUGUGUUUCCACUUUUUUAUUUUUUUGUCCCUGUUUGUAACAAAAUCAACAUGUUGUGGGUCGUGAGCUUUAAGAAAGUCUGUUUGGACUUAUUCUCCGAACUUUGUGGGGGAAAUGAUUCAGCCAUCAGGAAAAACACACUUACCUCAAGUCGCACAUUAUCCAUGUCACUGUGUGUGGAGCAGCCCUGCCCACAGAGAAGAGACCAGGAAAAACAGCAGCUCCUCUCUUGGUCAUCUUUGCUGUUUUUUUUGUUCUUUUCUUCAUCCUCGCUCCGUCUCAGUUGCUCCUGACCGUACAGACUGCACACAGCACCUCCACGCUGUUAUGCUAGCGUAUCCCAGCAUGCUGUUUGUCUGUGUGAAAGUUUGAAUUACAAAUUAGUAACAAAUUUGUUCAGUUGGCGAGACUUAGUCAGGAAGCAUUGAGUAAAUACAGCUUAUAUAAUGCAUAUCUCAAUGAAAAAAUAUAUCAUGCGUGACAUUAUGAACAGUGUAGCGCCCAGCACUAUGUUAUGUUUUUCUGGCAUGGUUGCUAUGACGCAGACUGGCCCCUUGUAAUUUGAUGCAACAGCAACACAACUUUGACCAAAGUGAACACAGACUCGGCCCUCACGCUGCACGAGUACUGAAAGAAGCACAGUAACAAUCUAAUCAACAGUUCUAUGUAGAUCUACAACAUGCAGAAAUGCUGGUGUGUUCCUUCACUGCACACAUUCAAAGCAGCAGUAAUAUGUCUGUGUUUGAUAAAGAUCUAUUUUGAGAAAUGCAGUUUUUAAAGAGAAAAUGAAAUACUCCAGCAGAGCUGUGUGUGUGUGUGUGUGUGUGUGUGUGUUGAAGCACAUUUUUAACUUUGACUAUUUUCCGACAUUUGGUAUUGUGUCAAAUCUUUGGACGCCUUUGAGCCUUUAUAGUUUGUUACACAACACAUCGAAAAUGAUUCCUGUUUGUUUUGUUUUACAUCAAAAAUGUGUGAUUGUGCUGUAAUUUGUUAUCAGGCAAAAACAAAAGAUUCAAGUCAAAAUUGAAAUUCAAAGGAAAAUUCAAUUUGGAGAAUUUGGAGAUUAGAUCCUUAAACUUUAUGCAGUUAAAGGUAUAAAUUAGUAUUUCAAAGAGAAUCUGCAGGUUAAUAAAAAUGAAAGUAAUGACAAUUAAAAAUAAGAUGUUUAGAUCUUUUAGGUCAUAACUAGCUUUUGAAACAGUUCAAGCUUGAAUACUCGUCAGUAGUACGAGAUCAUUUUUAGUGGACGGUAUAAAGUGAAACAUGGAUUCAGUGUCGUGUUUCACAAUAAAAUAAUAAUAAUAAUAAUUCUCCCCUUUAUCAAAGUGUCUAAAUGAGGAAACAAAAUGAGUCUCAAAUACUACAAAGUACAUUUAGAUUUGAAUCUACUUCUAUGUUUGCAAAAUUCAUCGUGGCAGUUCUGAUUCACGUACAGAUUGUAACAUUUUUUAUUAUAUUUGACAAAGUAAAGAACCGACAGAUUGUUUGUCCAGAAGGUUAAGGGUGUCCAGACUCAAACGUGGUGCUGUAAAUGUCUGCAGUCAGCGAUGAGAGCGGCUGUUUGUAAUGCACAUAUCAUACAUUUUUGGAAGAGUUUUUUCACGUUCUGUACCUGGGGCUUGAACAUGUCAGAAACUGUUGAAAGGGGGCUCGGGUUCAUCUGCAGAGUAACCUGAUCCCAGUGAACAUAGCUGCACUGUGGGACUGAAGAGCAGCCAGCAGCUUGCAUGUCUUCCACCGCAGGAGAAAGGAAGCCUUGUGCUGAAAUGCAGAGCGGCUGCUGUCGGUGCAGCUCGGCUCUCUCACACACACAUUUCAUGACUGUGUGUUCUUGUCAAACGCUCUUCCACACAGUGCUUCCGAUUCAUAAUAAUCCUUUUAUUGUGUUGACGGCUCUACAAUAGUCACUGCUUUGAAGUAAUUUCCUUUGCAUUUGCUAUGAAGAGAACCUUUAUAUUUAUAGAAAAAAAUCAUAUAUACGCUACAUUGAUUGCUUUAUGAGAAUAAAAACAA